UAAGAAGAUUGCAGGCCAUAAUCUAUGCACCACGUGGAUCUUGCGUGUAACUGCUGUAAUCCCUCGGCCUUGCAGAGGAUUUUUCUGCCAUUAACUGAUGGCUUUUGGAAAGGGAGCACAGCUGUUAGAGAGGGCACGCGCACAUACCCAAUCUCAAGCAUAGGAGCUUUAAAUCCAUUUGGAUGCUCAUGUCACGGUACUGAUGGUGUGAUAUGACUCAUGGAUAUGGUUUUACAAAUAUUCACUUUGGGUGGAUGUGUGUUCAUAAGAAGGUAAGUAAUGGGCUUGUGAGGACAAGAAUUCUGUGCUAUAUUUUAGAAGCUUUUUUUAAGCAUGGAUUUUUAUGCAUCCGUAAGGUCUGCGUGUAGGAAACAGUGGUCAGAUUUAUUUCUGUCAUUUUAGAAACACCAAAAAUAUAAAACCAUAUUCUAUAUUAAUACGUCCGCACGAUUCCUUUUGUGCUAAUAACAGAUGGAAUGAAAAUCAAACUCAUUCUGCUUUUCAGAUAUUUAACCCUGACAAGCCGCGAGUGAAAAGGAUCAGUCAUGUUUUUCAUUCUUAUAGCUGGUAAGAACAGUCAAUCUUUGAAUACACCAAUUGAAAACCCCAAAAUUCUUUGGUGAAAAUGAAAGCAAUGGGACUGGCAGCACAAGAGAAUGAAUGCUAGCUCUUCUGACUCAGUGUUAUACUUUAACAAUGUAACACAUUAGUGUAUAGAAACUGAUGUGCAGUUUUGUGCUAUACGGAAGGCCCACAGAUUGUACUUGUGUAAACUUGAAUCUGCCCUUUCAUUCAGAACUCAGAGAACAAGCUGACAUUCUCUUCAUGUGACUUACAUUACAUGACUCUUCCUGCUCAUGUUCACCCUCUUUUAAUCUCGUCAUGGAUGUUGAGGAGGAAACAAAACUCAUUUAAAAAGUUUAAAUGUUUUUGCCACAUGACUAGAUAUUUGAGGUCUGAAUAAUUAUGAUAAUUGAUUCUUACUUGGAACUUACCUUCAAUAAUGCAAAACAUGGAGUGUAACUGUUAGUCAAUUGUCAUUGUAGUAAUUAGAAAUGGUUACCACAGACUUCUAUUUUAUGCAGUUUUUGUCUGUUUGAGUUCUGUAAUUCAUUUUCUGAGCCUGCCUAUCACUUACCAAACUAUAAUGGAAAGUAUAUGACAAAGGCAAUUGAUUUUUAAAACAUCCGCUAGCAAGUUCACAAAAUAUAAUGAAGUUGAUGAGCAGCAGAUCUUUUAAUUAACAAUUCAAAUUUCACCAAUUCCCUCAAACAAAAAGCUAAGCAAACAUCGAUAAUUUCUCUUCAUCUGAAAGGUCGUAGCACUUGGCACCUUAGAAAACUUCUCUCUCCCCCCAGUGUGCUCCCUGGCUGUGCCGCAGGGGAUGACCCUGUGGGCAUGCACCCGCUCCUGCCCCCCCAGGUGCAUGUGCACUCCGGAGAAGAGCUGCACCGUGUUAUGUGACCGUGCCAACAUGGCGCAGCUGCCCAAAGAGUUUCCCUGUGAGGCUUCCUCCAUAAACCUGGAGAAGAAUAAGCUCAGGUUUUUGGCUGAGCGAGCUUUUGGCACCCUGCCCUCACUCAGGUCACUUUCCCUGAACCACAACAACAUCUCCUUCAUCACACCAGGAGCUUUUAAAGGCCUACCGAACCUUGUGGAGCUCAAGAUGGCCCACAAUGAGUACAUCCGCUAUCUCCACACGCGGACCUUCACCUCGCUCAAGCGUCUCGUGCGCCUGGACCUUUCCGAGUGCAACCUCUUCAGUAUGCCGGAGCGCAUCUUCGCGGAGCAGACCUCAAUGAGGGAGCUGCUCUGCUUCCACAACUAUUUCAGGCGUGUUCCGGUUGCCAUACGGGGAAUGGAGAACCUGACGCAUGUUUACCUGGAGCGGAACAAGAUUGAAGCGGUCGCCUACAAUUCUCUUGUGGGCCUAAGCAGCGUCAGGUAUCUCAACCUACAGGAGAAUCGGAUCAGUGUCAUCCAUGAUGAGGCUUUUAAGGACCUGUGUCAUCUGGAGAACUUUUACCUGAAUGACAAUCUGUUGGUUUACUUGCCACCAAGAUCUUUUAAGGGCCUCAGUCAUCUCAAGAUGUUGAAUCUGGGUGGAAACCUUCUCACCAAUAUCUCCAGAAGCUGGUUCAGUGACAUGGCAGAGCUGGAGGUGCUCUACUUGGACCGGAACAGCCUGGCCUUCAUCGAGGAUGGCGCCUUCGAGAACCUGACCAGUCUCGUGACGCUACACCUCAACAGCAACAACUUGACUACUCUGCCUUUCACCAUCUUCCAGCCCAUCUACUUCAUUGGACAUCUCUAUUUGUUCCGCAACCCCUGGGAGUGCGACUGUGAGCUGGAGUGGCUCAAGGAGUGGAUGGAGAAUUACCAGCUGGUGAGGGACAUCCCAUGUGCCUCGCCUGCUUCGGUGGCCAGCCUAGACCUAAGCAAAGUGGUUUACACUCGCCUAAAUGGCACCUGCGUGGACCCGGCCGAGCUCAACCUGACCACAGUCCUUCCAGACUACCGCACCACGGAGAACAGGUUCAACUUCCUGAUCUCCAAGCUGCUGCAGCAGGAGCUGAGGGAGGAGAUGGGGAACUCUACAGAAGGGCCAAGGAAUGGCACACGGCUGGGUACGGAAGAGUACGACGUCUCCGCAGCCCUCAGGCCGUCCAUCACCUUCCUGACACUGCUGCUGACGUGCCUGUUCUACUUCCAAUCCAGACAGGCUCUCUAUUAAACCUUGAUGCCCCAUGAAAGCUUGGUGCACUAAGAGAGACUAGAGGGGUGGACUACAUGCCUCGUCAAACGAGAGAGACCAGAGAGGUGGACUACAUGCCUCGUCAAACGAGAGAGACCAGAGAGGUGGACUACAUGCCUCGUCAAACGAGAGAGACCAGAGAGGUGGACUACAUGCCUCGUCAAACGAGAGAGACCAGAGAGGUGGACUACAUGCCUCGUCAAACGGAGGACGUCAGCAGCUGCAGAACUGAAUUAUUAUGAUACUGUUAAAGAAACUAGUUCACCAUAUAUUGAAUGUAUUGAUUUUUUUUUUACAAGCUAUGAAUAACGUUAUACUAUGGAAAAUAAAAAAAAACCAAGGGAUAAUUACUGUAAUCCCAAAACAUCUGGGCAGCAAAAAACUUAUUUCUUUUGAUGAAUAAUCCAGUGAUUAUUGAAGUGACUAAUCAAAUAUUUGCAUCGUAGCUUGCACAAUUUCUCAAUGGACCUUAUUUAGCCAUCAGCUUUUAAACAUAUCUUGAAGUUUAACAACAGCUAACGAUAAAGGCAAAGGAGAUUAAUAUUUAAUUCAAGUAUAAGUCUUUGUAAAUUUCCUGCUGGUACAAAAGAUUAAAAAAUUACAAUAUAUCCAUUUAUCCAAUAUAUCCAAUAUCCACUCUUUUCUGUCAAAAUUUACCACCAAGGAUAUGCAAAGUAGAAACAAUAAAAACAACACUAGCAUUUCUCCGUCAGUCUAAUAAAUCAACCCGUCUAGCGAGGACAGAAACACGCAUUCUGUGCUGCAGGCGCAGCUCCUCCUGCACUUCAUGGAAAAAGCCAAGUCAGGCAAGAGAGUAACUCUUAAAUUUCUCCUUUAAAUUCCAAUAUUCCAUUAGAAAUACUACAUUCAAGCCAUAUUUUUGGUUCUUGACUCCAGAGUGCUGUGAAGACAGUGAAAUGCACAAUGAAAUGUUUUUCUAAAUAAACGUAGCUCCUCUAUAAAUACGGUUUCACGAUAAACGGAGGAUUGAGGUUCACAUGAGAUCAAACAAAUCCAUAAAUCACUCACACCAUUUGAAUGCAGACCAAAUUUGGCACCUAUGCAUAAACAGUUGUAGAUUUUUUGACGAUUUAGAAAAAAGAAUGGAGCAAAGAAUGUUUUGGAUUAAACGAUGUGGAAGACCUCAUUCACACUGCUACCACGGUGGUAAAAGACCUUUUAUUACCAUUCCCGGGAAUAGGUUUUUUAAGUUACACUAUUCCCUUUCCCCAUCGAAGGCACAUACAGUUGUAUUUCAACACAUGCAGCUGAAACUGCUUGAUGCUUUGCUGUUACGUAAUUUUAUGUAACAGUAAUAUGAGCAGGUGAUGUUUUAUAAGACUCACUCCUACUGCUGCCGUGUAGCAGAUAAAGUUGUUUGCUUCUCAUAUCAUUUUUCAACUGAGUAACAGUGGAUGUGUGUAGUUGUAAUAAAUGCAUUAAUCUUCUUUUAACGCUAGAUUUAGCUGCACUCUGCUCCCCGAGCGUCUGUGUCCUAACCUAAAGGUUUUCUCGCUGCCACUGUAUGUGCCCUACAGUACCGGGCGGAUAAAUGACCCUAACAAAAGGUGACCUCAUCCUCCAAGCACAGCUACACCAAGCUCCUUCUGUCAGAAUAAUCCACCAACAUGCGCAAAAUGCAGGGUUAGUAUUGAUUUUUCUUGUGUGUAAAAGACAGAUCCAGACAUCUUGGUUUACAUAAUGUUCUAGUUUAAACAAUUAUGUCACAGAGGGUUUCAAAUGUUCAAUUGUUAUAUAUUGCCACUCCAACACUGAACCUAGCUGGGUGCAUGAGCAGCAACAACAUGAACCAGAGUUAAUCUUCUGAUCAGUGCCGUUAAUCCUGGAACACGGGCUUGAAUUAGCACACGUGUCACAAACUGGACGAGGAGGCGCUGGGAGUCACACUGCAGUGCUUUUAUACUAUGGACAGCCAUUAACUUAAUCCUUCAGGUAAUCAAUCGGCCAAACAGACCAAGGACUGUGGGUAUUCAUGCAUUUGCAGGAACUGGAUUAGCAUAGCCUAAUAUUUAGAUGUGUAUUUAUUAAUAUUUCAAUGGGGUCUACACAACGGCUCUAUGCCAAACUUCACUUUUGCUGGACAGCCAAGAGGUCUGGUUUAGCAGCAGUAUUUUGACUGACUGCCAUUGUUGAAAGGUGUAUGUCAGUGACCUCCCUGCAUCAGUGCAGAAACUAGCUGGCUAGUGAUUUACAUUUACGGCGUUUAGCAGACUAAACGGCUAGCGAUCUAUCCAAACAGCUAAGUUAGUGGUAGAAACAAAGUGGUUAGCAGUGAAGGUAGCAAUAAACACAUUAUUACACAAUAAAUCAUAUGUGAGAAGUGAUCGUUGUUCUCUUAUUAAUCAUAUAGGUGUGUAGUGACAAAUGGAUUACAUCCAAGUGUGAUCAUCACUAACGUUAGCUAGUUACUUCGUUGGAGACCGACCACCUGGUCAUCGCUAAAAUGUGAAUAAAGUUUAUUUCCACGUCGGACCGAACAAGCCUGGCUCUGACAUGCAAAUGCCCCUGAAAAGAGAGCAAAAGUCAAAUCUGCACAUCUAUUUGUGCAGUCCGAGUGCUCCACUGGCCCCUCCCCCUCUGACAGAGCCAACACUCUGUAUGGGUCUGAGCUGAAAGAGAGCUUGAACUGUCAGGAGGUAACUGUCAAAGCACUUUUACACACACAGAGACACACACACACACACACACACACACACACACACACACACACACAGACAGACAGACACACACACACGCGCGCGCGCGAGAGCGGAGCAGUUUUGCCUGGAGUGAGGAGCGGGUUUCCAUAAAGUUGGAGUGUUGUUCUUUUCUCUUGCUCCAAGAACGCUCCAGUACCACUCCAGUGCAACACGUCAACGGCCCGCUAUAAAACUGCACUGUAAGAAGAGUUCUCUAGGUAGCCUGUUUUCACAGAAACGAUGAAAUGCAAAAAUACAGCCCCUAAUGAAAACUCCCUAUGGUGAAUAUGAGCAUGGUGAUCUUAUCACGACCACAAAGGAGUCAUUGUGGAAUCUAAAAAGCCACGGAAAUCGAUAGUCUUCCCAUCUCCAUGACGUAUUAUUGUUUUUUAGUUAAAAUAAUUUUAUAUUAAAACAUUUUGCAGCCUGCUACUGGUUUGCCUUCAGUUCAAUAAGACAUGACGCCUUUCUUAAAAAAUGUGCCUCAUCUUAUCUUCUUUUGUUAAGCUAAGAACUCAGAUGUUUGAAUAAAUAUUAGAACAGAAACACAAACACCAGAACAGAGUUGGAUUGGAGGAGUGGUGUUGGAGCGGAGGGACUGCAGAGUGCUCUGAGUGAGGAGUGAGUGAGGAGCAGGAAUAAGAAAAGCUGGAGUGGAGUUGGAGCAGACUGAUUCCAGAACACUGAGUGAGGAGCAGAAUUUCCCACCACUCUACUUCGCUCUGCUCACAUACAUGUAUGGUGCAGACACAUUUACGUCUUGGUCUCCCCACAAACCAGGCACACCUGAGCACUGACACCACUUGUAGUUGCUCAGAUGGGUGAGCAGGAUGUGACCUACCACAGCUGCGGGGGAAAACCCGAGAAAAAAAGCCAACAGCAGCACAAUAUUUCCAUCCCUUGCGCUUCUGCCAACCUGUGCAGAGCAGCUAAGCGAGACAGCUGAGGCAGGCAUCACUGUCGCACACAGAGCAGCCAAGCGAGAGAGAUGAGGCAGGCAUCACUGCCGCGCACAGAGCAGACGACACUCAAGUGUUUCACCACAGAAAAGAAAAUGUAUUUAAAAAACUGUUCAUACUGCAGAACUGCUCGGCCCUCAGCAGAGGAAUUCACACAGGGCAGUCUCAAGGAGACAGUUUGUCAUACACACAGUCAUUCGGAUGCACAACCCGGGGCUUCUUUUGCAACACAGUGCGGUUUGUAAAAUGAGGGCGCGCACCUUGGUUCAAAGCAGUUACACAGAAUAAAAAUCUGGAAUUUGUUUUCUCCUUUUGAUUUAACUCAGUUAAAACAAUACUUUCUGACGACACAUUUCUGAAAUGGCAAACCCAGAAUAAAUCGAGUAUUUUUUUUUCUUCCCCCCCCCCCC